UGGGCCAGGCGGCCGCCGCCGCCGCUGCUGCUACUACUGCAAGUGCUGCCGUUUCUCUUCCUCCCCCUCAGCCAGUCGUCACCGGGGCGCGCGCCAUGGCGGAGCCACCCGCUCCCCCCGCCUCAGCAACCCUCCUUCCAGCGGCAGCCCCUGCCGCCGCCGGGUCCCAGCGGCUGCUCUUCACCCACGACCUGGUGUCCGGCCGGUACAGGGGCUCGGUGCGCUUCGGCCUGGUCCGUGUCAUGCAUGGCGAGGACUCCGACUCGGAGGAGGACGAGGGUGGACGAGGCCCCGGCGGCGGCGGCGGAGGAGGAGGCGGCGGCGGAGGCGGGGGGGUAGUAGGAAGCGGCGGCCCCGGGGGAAGCGGCGCUGGCAGCUCGGCCGGUUCUGAGUCCGGAGGCCCGUGCGGAGGCGAGGAGAGCCGCGGCAGCCCCCUCCGCCGCGGCUACGUGCGAGUCCAGUGGUACCCGGAGGGCAUCAAGCAGCACGUCAAGGAGACCAAGCUGAAGCUUGAAGACAGGUCAGUGGUUCCUCGAGAUGUCGUCAGGCAUAUGGGCUCACAUGACAGCCAGUGUGGGACAGUUAUUGAUGUGAAUAUAGAGUGUGCAGUAAAACUGGUGGGGACCAACUGUAUCCUUUAUCCUGUCAACAGCAAGGAUCUUCAGAACAUCUGGCCUUUCAUGUAUGGUGACUGUAUAGCCUAUGACUGGUGGCUGGGAAAAGUAUAUGAUUUAAAGAACCAGAUCAUUCUGAAACUCUCCAAUGGUGCCAGGUGUUCCAUGAGCACAGAGGAUGCAGCAAAACUCUAUGAUGUCUGUCCACACGUCAGUGACUCAGGCCUCUUCUUUGAUGACUCAUAUGGCUUUUAUCCUGGACAAGUUCUUAUUGGUCCCUCAAAGGUUUUUUCAAAUGUGCAGUGGCUUUCAGGAGUGAAACCCGUUCUCAGCACAAAGAGCAAGUUCAGAGUGGUGGUAGAAGAGGUGCAGGUGGUGGAACUGAAAGUUACUUGGAUCACUAAAAGCUUCUGUCCUGGAGGUACAGAUAGUAUAAGCCCACCACCAUCUUUAAUCACCCAGGAGAAUUUAUCUAGAGUAAAGCGUUUGGGAUGCUUUGACCAUGCUGAGCGGCAACUUGGGGAAAGGUGUCUCUAUGUUUUUCCUGAGAAAGUGGAGCCUGCAAAAAUCACAUGUGAGUGCCCAGAAAGAAACUGUGUCCUGGGAGAAGGAUCAGUUGCCAAAAAGAUGUCCUGUCCUUGUUUCGUAUCCAACGUAAAGCCUGAAAAGGUAAGGAGAUUAUUGAAGAAGCAAAUAGUGAAGAUCAUGUCAUGCUCCCCAGAUUCCCAGGGUGCCCUUGACCUCCCUGAAGGAGAAGCUGCUGCAGCAGGUGACCAACAAUCUGAAGAUCAUAAAGUCAGUUCAAAAUGUGAACAGGAAGACUCUGCAAGCGAUGCUGCAAGCUUACAGGAAGGAAAGAGAGAGCCCCUUGAGGAAAUGGGGAAGGGGGUCUCAUGUGAACCAGCCGGGCUGCAGUUGCAACCACCAUUUGUGCUGAAACGAGAUGAUGGCUCCUCUGACUACAAGCUUCAGUCAAUUGAACAAGAUGCGGAUGAUGAAGCAGCGGAUGACACUGACGAUACCAGCUCUGUAACAUCUUCUGCCAGCUCUACAGCUUCUUCUCAAAGUGGCAGUGGCACCGGGCGCAAGAAGAGUAUCCCACUCUCCAUCAAAAACCUCAAGAGAAAACAUAAGAAGAAGAAAACGAAAGUUUCCCGGGAGUUUAAACCAGGUGACAGGGUCGCUGUAGAAGUGGUGACCACGAUGACUUCAGCUGAUGUGAUGUGGCAGGAUGGCACAGUGGAGAAAAACAUUCGUUCCAAUGAGCUAUUUCCAGUCCAUCAUUUGGACAACAAUGAGUUUUGCCCUGGUGAUUUUGUGGUGGAUAAGAGAGCACAGAGUUCUCAAGAUCCUGGUAUGUAUGGUGUGGUGCAAUCAGGGGACCACGUGGGCCGCACCUGUGUGGUGAAAUGGUUCAAACUGAGACCCAGUGGAGAUGAUGUUGAGCUGGUUGGGGAGGAAGAAGAUGUGAGUGUAUAUGACAUCGCUGAUCACCCAGACUUCCGCUUCCGCACUACUGAUUUUGUGAUCCGUAUUGGCAAUGCUGAAGAUGGAGCUUCAGUUGGUGAAAAUGAGCCUUCUGUGGGACAGGUGGCACGUGUGGAUUUCAGCAGCAAAGUGGAAGUUGUGUGGGCUGACAACUCCAGGACAAUUGUUCUACCACAGCACUUGUAUAACAUAGAAUCGGAGAUGGAUGAAGAGACUGACCUUGAUUCCAUAGAUGGUAGCACUAGCGGUGCCUCCUCAGAUGAAUGGGAGGAUGAGAGUGACAGUUGGGAGACAGACAAUGGCAUCAUGGAAGAGGACCACUCAAAACUUGAGGAGGUGGAGCCUGAGGAGCCACCUGUGGAAGAGGUGAAAAAGGUGGAGGAACAAGUGCAAGGUGCUGUGGCAAUGGCAGUGGCUGAUCUAACAGCAGAUAAAUCAGGCAAGGAAGGGACUCCAAAGAGCUUCCGAGAACUAAAGGAGGCCAUCAAGAUCUUGGAGAGCCUGAAGAACAUGACAGUUGAACAGCUACUGACAGGCUACCCAACAUCUCCAACUGUAGAACCUGAAAAGCCUACCCGGGAGAAGAAAUUCCUGGAUGACAUCAAAAAGCUGCAAGAGAAUCUGAAGAAGACUCUGGACAAUGUAGCUAUUGUGGAGGAGGAAAAGAUGGAGGCCAUGGCGGAAGCAGAGAAGAAGGAAGAGAGAGAGGCACAAACGCAGACACCAGUAGUAUCAGAGUGGCCCAGCGAGACUCCAGUGCUUUGCCAGCAGAGUGGAGGCAAGCCUGGAGUUACUUUCACCAGUGCCAAGGGGGAAGUCUUCUCUGUGUUGGAGUGUGCCCCAGAUAGCCAUGCCUUUAAGAAAAUGGAAUUCCAGCCUCCAGAAGCCAAGAAGUUUUUCAGCACCGUGAGGAAAGAAAUGGCUCUGCUAGCAACCUCAUUGCCAGAUGGCAUCAUGGUCAAAACCUUUGAAGACAGAAUGGACCUCUUUUCAGCAUUGGUGAAAGGACCCACACGCACACCAUAUGAAGAUGGCCUCUUCUUAUUUGACAUCCAGCUCCCCAACAUCUACCCAGCUGUCCCCCCUCUCUUUCGUUACCUCUCCCAGUGCAGUGGGAGACUGAACCCUAAUUUGUAUGACAAUGGAAAGGUCUGUGUAAGUCUUCUGGGGACAUGGAUAGGCAAGGGCACAGAAAGGUGGACCAGUAAAUCCAGUCUUCUCCAGGUGCUCAUCUCAAUCCAAGGGCUUAUCCUAGUCAACGAGCCUUAUUACAAUGAGGCUGGUUUUGACAGUGACCGGGGCUUGCAAGAGGGCUAUGAGAACAGCCGGUGCUACAAUGAGAUGGCUUUGAUCCGUGUCGUACAGUCGAUGAUGCAGCUGCUGCGCAAGCCAGUAGAAGUCUUUGAGCAGGAGAUCUAUGAGCAUUUCUGCUGCAAUGGCUGGCGCCUGGUGUACCGUAUUGAGUCCUGGGUAGAGACAAAUGAGCUGGUAGAAAGGAGUCAUGACCCUGUCAACCUGGGAGAGUCAUCCUUUGUGCACUCAGCCUGCGGCGUUCUGGCCGAAAGCCCUGUAGACAGCAUGGGCCUAUUGGGAGAGCAAGAGUUAGGGGCUGCAGCAGCAGCAGGUAGCCAACUGUCUGAUGGCAAAGAGGAGCUGGAAGACUCUGGCUGUGGAAUGUCAACGCUCGCUGCCAGUGACACCCAUCAGUAUUCAGACUCGGAGAGCAUGGGCCAGCCCAGAGCAGCACACUUUGCCAGAGACCUGACAGAUGAGGGUAAAGCUGUUCCAGACUCUGCUGCUCAGCCUAGUGUGAAACCAAAGAAAAGGAGAAAGAGCUACAGGAGCUUCCUCCCUGAGAGGAGUGGCUACCCUGACAUUGGGUUCCCCCUCUUCCCACUGUCCAAGGGUUUCAUAAAGAGCAUCCGUGGUGUCUUGCAGCAGUACCGGGCUGCCUUAGUAGAGGCCAACAUCCCCGAGUGGACAGAAGACAAAUAAAACAUCAGAUUAGGAACAGACAGACACACAGACAAGAAGGGGAAGCAAAGAGGAAGGAAGAAGCUAGCAAAAGCUGUUAACAAUAAAUAGACUGUCUCACUGCACCCAUUCCUCCUUGGCCUGGUUUGUUAUAGAGAAAGCAGAAGCUCCCAUUAUUCGUUUUAGCCUGGCUCUUCCCCCUCCCCCCACAUUCCAGAUGCACAGGAUGAUUGAGCAAAACUAUGCACAUGCACGUGCGGACACAUGCACACACAUGCACACGCGCACACACACAAUCAUGUUUCCCUUCUGAGCAUGACCCUGAGCGAAUAGGAGCUGUGGCCUUUCCAUUCCAGAAAUUAUGCAAAGCUGGAAUUGGAUUUUCUCAACUUCUGUUUGUACAAAGUCACUCCUCUUUCUUGUUUGACCCUCUUGGGUGUUAACAGAUGAUGAUCAUGUUGAUGGGGAAUGCUUUUGAUUUAAACCUGGAAGAUCCUUGCUUUACAUCCACUGAGGAAGGUGUAAUGCUGUCUUUUUCCUCUACCUUCUGAUUUAACUUCACGAAAGCCUGUUGAUUAGUAAGCACUGAAUGGCCCACAUUUCAGCUCUGCACCUGGUCUUAGUUGUUUUUACUGCCAAUCUCAUCUGUGUGAGCUAAGGGGAAGCAUCCCCAGAAAACCUCAGAAGGUGUAGGCUUGGGACUUACUACACGAGAGCCAGAAAGUGAUGGAUAUAAGCUGUUCUUCUUGACUGUCUAACCCCUCAAUAGGCCACCUUAGGGCAGAAACUAAGCGCUAGCUGAGUUGUCCUUGAUGGGGUCAGCACUCAGAACCAUCGCUUUGGCUUCUGAGGAUCACGUGCUGUCUGUCUUAAGUAUACAAUUUAUUCUGGACAGCAUCUCUCUUUCCACUUUGCCUUGAAGGGGAAUAGUGCAUAUAGCAUAGCCCACUACUCUCCUGGAUACAUGAACACUCUGCUACCAACUCAACUCUCUACACCAAGGUACCUCAGGAUGGCGCUGAAACAAUUGCAUGGUGCAGCUACGUUUUUCACUUUCAACUUACACGAAAGCAUUUGCAAAGUGACAGUUCUGUCUGACUUUAUCUCCAUGGACUUGUAUCAACUAUACAGCAACAAGCCUGCACUCUGGUAGAAAAUGGGGUCUCUCUAGUCCAGCAUCCUUAAGUAAAAUCAUCUCUUUUAUUGUGAGUUGCCAUUAUUUUACAUCCCCUGUUCAAGACUGUGUAGAACUUUUCCCAGCUAUUUCCAUGUGAUACGACCAGUGGUGCUGCAGCAAGCAGAGGCUGCAGCAGCUUCAUCGGUGAACUUCUAACCGAUCGCAUUUGGCAAUCUGUUAACGUCCUUGCAUCUUAGGUGGGAGUGCAGUCUACUCUUCGUUCAUGGUUUCCUCCAUCUUUGCAUGGCAUCACAGCUAGUUACCCUUGUAUUUCCCAUUCUCUGAUAAUGACCUAGUUGCCCCUCAGUCUUCCUUCCAGUAGAAUACCCCGCUCACAGACACUGAGGCAAAUGACAUGAGUCUUGUGUUUACUCAGAUAGUAGUGAGUGAGUUGUCUUAGCAGUGCAGAUUACUCUGAGAGAGACAGGGAUUCUCUAGCUGGCAGGCUGCUGUGUGCAAGCUAUUGUGGCUGGGCCAGCCAUGAGUCAGGAGAGCGGCCAUGGCUGUAAAAGGGCAGCAGAAGAAUCACGUUGAUACAGUCAUCCUGUGCGGGCAGGGGCCAGAAGAGGAAGGGGGGGGGGCUGUUGCCUGCAUUGCCAGACACUGGUCGAUUGUGUCAGAGGGUAGGCAGGGAGGGGCUGCGCCUGUUCCUGUGUGUCAUCACAUUCCUCACACAGGUCAUGGUUCUUUACCUCCCCCAAAGAGAGGAGCUGACUGGCCACAUACUCCAUUCUGCUGAUGUAUGUAGAAAAAGCCAGCUUUCCCAGGCCGCCAGUCACACAGCUGCCCACCCAGUUUCAAGAGAGUUCCCCUGCCCCUUUCGGUAGGCUAGCGAAGUGUGGGGAGCAACAAAAACGGAAGGCCAGUGGUGCUACCGACGGCAAUGAGCUGUGCUAUAGGAGGACCUCCCUUUCCCUAAGUGCAACGGAGAGUUUUGUCUGGUCUCUUACCACGGGAAGAGCUUAAUUAAUCUUUCUUCAUAGGGAUCUGCUGCCACCUUUUGCAUCGAGCAAGCACUGUCCCUAUAUCCUUGCUGACAGCCCCUGUGAGAGGCAUGCACAGAAGUUUACAUUUUAUCCCCCUGAUAAGCUUUUGGAUAAUGUGAAGCUCUCUCGGCUAUGCAGUUGCUGGUGAGCACUCUGCAACUAUGUAACUUUUUUGGUGUAUGUAUGUAAUAAAGAGUGAAGAGAAUUUCAGAAACAAAUGCUUACUUAAACACACACCAAAAAGCCAAAGCAUGAGGCAUACUGUUAGUCUUGAGAUGGGCUACAUGAUUGUGAUGUAUAAAUUAAAAAUCUCUAUCUGUUAAGUGCUGGGGAGGGAAGGGGAAAGAAAUAUUACAAAAAUAAAAAUUUCUAGCCUUGAUUCUGUACAGUAUUUAAAACUGGAGCUGUCAUAUUGGGGCAAUGCUUAGAGGUGUGUUACUUUUGCAGCUGUGAAUGCUUGGUUGCUUACAAUAUAUGUAUAAAGUAUUGUGUGAUUAAUCUUUUUUACUUGCAAAUUUUGUUUGGCUAAUUAAGAUGUAGUAAUAAAGGAGAGAAAGUGGCUUGCCAUUAUAUUUUGCUGCUGUUAA